ACCUUGAGGGGAAUCAGCUGAGUUUCUGGCAACCGAAUGUAGCUGCUACAUUCUACAUUCACGAUUUCAUUCAGUGUCAGCGCUUAGUGAACGUCCUACUUUAGGACGAUAAAGUUCACUUCGCUGCGUUAGCAGCAAAUAAUCGCUUUUAUCAAUUAAAAUCGCAUUAAAAUUAAUUCAAGUCAAUUUUUGGCCUUAUUCUCUUUAAAUUUUUAAUCCCCUUUUACUCAAAAGUGGAGUGUUAGUGACAGUCAAUUAAAUUUUGGAAUUAAACAAGAAAUUGGAAAUAAGAAAUGGAUGCUGAAGAAGAAAUUAAAAGAAAACCAAAUCCGCGUGCUAAAGCUAGUUGGAUAUCUGCUUUAACUUUUUUGUACGUUUUACCCAUUUUCAAAAAGGCUUAUAAAAGAGGUUUAACAGAAAAUGAUCUCUACGAACCACUCGAUGAACAUAGAUCUGGUAAUUUAGGAGAUACUAUAGAAAAAAUAUGGAGGAAAGAACACAGAAAACACAAAAAAUCUGCGUUACAUCGAGCAUUGUUUCGAAUGUUUGGAUGGGAAUUUGCACUUUUAGGACUUGUGAAACUAUUUCACGAAAUGAUUUUAAUAACAAUAUUUCCUAUAGCAAUUGGAAAAGUGGUAGCUCAUUUCAACGUAGAUAGUCAAGUAAGCCUCGAAGAAGCUUAUGUUUAUACAGGUUUAAUAAUCCUAUCAUUUUUAACGGAAUGUUUCCUUGGUCAUCCAAGUAUGAUGGCUUUGAUGCAUAUAUCCAUGAAAUUAAGAGUCUCAUGUAGCGCGAUGAUCUACAGGAAAACUUUAAAAUUAACAAGAACCUCAUUGGGACAAACCACAGUGGGCCAAUUAGUUAAUCUUUUAUCAAACGACGUUAGCAAAUUCGACCAAGGUUUUGUUUUGGCACAUUUCGCUUGGAUUGGACCAAUUCAAACUGCAGUUGGUACUUAUAUGGUUUAUAGAGAGAUUGGAAUUGCAGCUUUUGGAGGAAUUGCAUUUUUAAUAUUUUUUGUACCAAUGCAAAUAUAUUUAGGAAAGAAAACAUCAGAUUUAAGAUUAAAAACGGCAUUAAGGACUGACGAAAGAGUGCGUUUAAUGAAUGAGAUAAUAUCAGGAAUUCAAGUUAUUAAAAUGUAUACGUGGGAAAAACCAUUUGCAAAAUUGAUAUCGUUAGCGAGAAAAACUGAGAUAAGUGCGAUACGAAAACAUUCUUAUCUAUUGGGCGUCAUGUUCUCUUUCGAACAAUUUAUUACAAGAACUUCCAUGUUUAUAAGCAUUUUAAUCUACAUAUCAUUAGGAUAUGAAAUAACGGCUGAAAAAGUUUUUGCUGUAACAGCCGUUUAUAACGUAAUGAGACCAUUGAUAACGAUGAUUUUUACAAUUAGUAUAUCUUCGUUAGCCGAGGUUCAUAUUUCAUUGCAAAGAAUUAAUAAAUUUUUAUGUUACGAAGAAUUACCAGAUGGAAAAUUAUCUUUAAACGGAAAUUCGGUUUUAAAUGGAACAAAACAACCAGUUAAAUUCGAAGCACCUUUCUUAAAAAUGGAAAAUGUUAACGCAAAAUGGCAAGCUGAUGCUAAAGAGAAUACCUUAAAAAAUAUCGAUUUAAACAUAAUUGAUGACCGAUUAGUAUCUGUGAUAGGACCUGUUGGAAGUGGAAAAACGAGCAUACUUAAUGUGAUACUUAAAGAAUUACCUAUCGAUAGUGGAAUUUUAAGCAUAAAUGGAAAAAUUUCUUUUGCAUCUCAAGAACCAUGGUUAUUUUCGGGAAGUGUUCGCCAAAACAUUUUAUUUGGAAACCCAUACGAAGAAGAACGUUACCUAGAAGUAAUCAAAGUAUGUGCCUUAGAAUCUGACUUAAUAAUUUUACCUUACGGUGAUCGUACAAUGGUUGGUGAAAAAGGAAAAGCUUUAAGUGGUGGUCAAAAAGCUCGAGUUAAUUUAGCACGUUGCAUUUACAAAGAUGCUGAUAUCUAUUUAUUAGAUGAUCCAUUAUCAGCUGUUGAUGCAAAAGUUGGCAAACAACUUUACGAAGAAUGUGUUAAAAAAUAUUUAAAGGGAAAAAUACGAAUUUUAGUAACCCAUCAAUUACAAUAUUUAAACAGCGCCGAUCAUAUUGUAAUAUUAAACGAUGGUCGAAUUGAAAAACAAGGUACUUACAAAGAAUUAAAAAACAGUGGAUCUGAUUUUGCUAAUUUACUGAAAGAAUUUAAUAGUGAAGAUAACGAAAUUGUUCGUCAAAGACAAAUGUCUGAAUCUGAAUUAGUUGAAUUAGAACAAGAAGGUCCUGAUAUUGAUAAAGAAUUUAUGGAAAGUGGUAAAGUUAAAAUGAGCGUUUAUGGUACUUAUUUUAAAUACGGCGGAAAUAUAUUUACAAUAACCUUCGUAAUCCUUUUAUUUAUCGCUUCGCAAACAGUCGGCAAUGGUGUUGAUUAUUUCGUUAAAUACUGGGUUAAUUUAGAACAAGAUCGAGCGGUACGAAAUGAAACUAUGGCAAUGAAUACCGAACAAAUAAUCUACGUUUAUUCAAUAUUAAUAAUCGCAUUAAUCAUCUUGGCCGUUUGGCAUUGUUUAUAUUUUUUCUUAUUUUUAAUGAAAGCUUCGAUUAAAAUCCAUGACACAACUUUCGUAAAAGUCUCACAAGCUGUAAUGAAAUUUUUCAACACAAAUUCAUCAGGAAGAAUCCUAAAUCGAUUUGCAAGAGAUUUAGGAAUCAUCGACGAAUACAUCCCAUUAGUACUUUUCGAUGUAUUAGAAGUUGCUUUAUUAUUAUUCGGUGCCUUAGCUUUAUCAAUUAUCGUCGAUAAACUACUGGCUGUGCCUUCACUUAUAUUACUAGCAAUUUUCCACUUUAUGAGGGUAAUCUUCUUAAGAACAAGUCGAUCUGUUAAGAGAUUAGAAGCUGUUUAUCGUAGCCCAAUUUUUGGACAAAUAACCGCGUCAAUGAAUGGUUUAAGUACAAUUCGAGCUUUCAACGCUCAAGGAAUUUUAACUAAAGAAUUUGAUCGUUAUCAAGACCAACACAGUUCAGCUUGGUUCUUAUUUCUUGCUUCUACAAGAUGUUUUGGGUUUUGGUUAGAAAUUGUUUGUGUCAUUUUUAUUGCUGUGGUUAUUGUUGUCUUAUUAACUUUAAAUAGAGUAACCCACGGUGGAGAUAUUGGUUUAGUAAUAACUCAAUACAUGGGCCUAAUGGGAGCUUUACAAUGGGGAAUGAGACAAUGGACAGAACUUGAAAAUCAAAUGACUUCCGUCGAACGAAUUUUAGAAUACACUAAAUUAGAAAGUGAACCGAUUCGUGAUGGGUCCGAAAAACCCCAAUCAAACGAUUGGCCUGAAAAUGGAAAAGUUGAAUUUCAACAUUUAUCUUUAAGAUAUAACCCCAAUGAAGAAAAUGUAUUAAAAAAUUUAAAUUUUACUAUAGAAGCUGGUGAAAAAGUAGGGAUUGUUGGAAGAACCGGUGCUGGAAAAUCGUCGAUUAUCACAUCAUUAUUCCAAUUGUAUGAAAUUCAGGGAACGAUUGUAAUCGACGGUGUUGAUACGACGAAAAUUCCUUUGGAAUUGUUGAGAUCAAAAAUUUCUAUUAUUCCCCAAGAACCUGUGUUAUUUUCGGGGACGAUGAGAAAAAAUUUAGAUCCGUUUGAUGAAUAUCCCGAUAACAUUUUAUGGAAUGCGUUGGAACAAACUGAAUUAAAGGAGGUUAUAUCAGAAUUACCGGCGGGUUUGAGUAGUAAUGUUACAGAAGGUGGAACCAAUUUUAGUGUUGGGCAAAGACAGUUAGUUUGCUUGGCAAGAGCUAUUAUAAGAAAUAAUAAGAUUUUAGUUCUUGAUGAAGCAACGGCGAAUGUUGAUCCGCACACAGAUGCCUUAAUCCAAAAAACUAUUCGCAAAGAAUUUUCAAAUUGUACCGUUUUAACUAUAGCCCAUAGAUUACAUACGGUGAUGGAUUCAGAUAAAAUUCUUGUAAUGAGUGCUGGGAAUUUAGUUGAAUACGAUCAUCCAUAUUUACUUUUACAAAAUCCUAAUGGGUAUUUAACCCAUAUGGUUGAGACUACUGGUAAAACUACUGCCAAUAAUUUAAGAACAAUUGCACAAAACAGUUAUGAAGAAUUGAAGAAUAAAUAAAUGGAAAUAUUAGAAUUUUAUGAAUUUUUGUCCAAGUAACUAAU